AGCAGAGGGGGCGGUAAUGCGCCUAUAAACUGGAUGCCAACCGCCGUUAAAAGAGAAGAAGAAGAGACAAGACGAGGGAAAUUUGUGAGAAGAAAAGACGUGAUUUUCGCAUUUCUUGGAGGAUUUAAAAACGAAAAUCUUGCCUGCAAUCAGAAGAACUGCCCGCAUUUUUACCGCGAGGAGGUGACUCGUUAUUUCUUCGGACUGUUUCAUCCACACCCAUAAAGUGAUUGAGACCUUCAGUGAAGCUCCUCCUACAACAAUCCACCAAUAAAUGCUGGAGUCAAACACACAGAGAAAUCACUCCAUGUGUGGCAACUGAAAUCUUCAUGACAUAAUGUUGAUGCUGGUGAAAGAGGAGCUUGAGAAGAUGACAGAUCCACAACCAUGCAGAAUAAAGGAUGAAGAUACUGAGGAACAAAUAGAUAUGAUGGAAGUGAAAGAGGAGAGUCAAGCUGAAGUGGAUGAGAAACAUCAGAUUGUAAAAACAAACCAUAAUGUUUCAAAGAAAGAAACUCUGAAGACAGAAGACAUAAAGUGUGAAAAUAGUUUCAGUGAAGAUGAACGCCCUGCAGAUCACAAGAGGACUCACAGUGAGGAGAAACCUUUAACAUGUCAACAGUGUGGAAAGAGUUUCAGAACAAUAGUUAACCUUAAAGCACACAUGAGGAUUCACACUGGAGAGAAACCUUACACAUGUCAACAGUGUGGAAAGAGUUUCAGAAAUAAAAGUAAACUUGAGGCUCACCUGAGAACUCACAGUGGAGAGAAACCGUACACGUGUCAUCUUUGUGGAAAUAGUUUCACAGUUGAAGCUAGCCUUACGAAACACAUGAGAAUUCACACUGGAGAAAAACCAUACUCGUGUCAACAGUGUGGAAAGAGUUUUAAAACUUCAAGUGACAUUACGAGACAUGUGAAAAUUCACAGUGGAGAGAAACCACAUGCGUGCCAUGAGUGUGGAAAGAGUUUUACAUCUACAAGUUACCUUAAGAAACACAUGAUAACUCACACUGGAGUGAAACCGUUCACAUGUCUUCAGUGUGGAAAGGGUUUCAGAGAUAGAACUAACCUUGAGACUCACAUGAGACUUCACACUGGAGAGAAACCUUACACAUGUCCUCAGUGUGGAAAGAGUUUCACAACAAAAGCUAACCUUGAGACUCACAUGAGACUUCAUACUAGAGAGAAACCUUACACAUGUCCUCAGUGUGGAAAGAGUAUUAAAACAAAAGGUUACCUUGAGACUCACAUGAGAAUUCACACUGGAGAGAAUCCGUUUGCGUGUCCUCAGUGUGGAAAGAGUUUCAGAAGAAAAGAUAGCCUUGAGAUUCACGUGAGACUUCACACUGGAGAGAAACUUUACACAUGUCCUCAGUGUGGAAAGAGUAUUAAAACAAAAGGUUACCUUGAGACUCACAUGAGAAUUCACACUGGAGAGAAACCGUUUGCAUGUCCUCAUUGUGGAAAGAGUUUCAGAAGAAAAAAGAGCCUUGAAAUUCACAUGAGACUUCACACUGGAGAGAAACUGUUUGCAUGUCCUCAUUGUGGAAAGAGUUUUAUUUUUACAAAAAAAAGUUACCUUAAGAGACACAUGAGGUCUCACACUGGAGAGAAACCUUAUCCAUGUCAACAGUGUGGAAAGAGUUUCACCUUAAUAUCGAACCUUAACCAGCACAUAAAAACUCACAGCGAGGAAAAGCCUUUCACUUGUCAACAGUGUGGAAAGAGUUUCAACUUUAAACCGAACCUUAACCAGCACAUGAAAGCUCACAGUGGGGAAAAGCCUUUCAGAUGUCAACAGUGUGGAAAGAGUUUCAAAACAAAAUGGCACCUUAACGAACAUGUGAAGAUUCACACCGGAGAGAAACUACAUCUGUGCCAUCACUGUGGAAAGAGUUUUGUAACUGCAAGUGAACUUAAGAAACAUUCAAGAGUUCACACUGGAGAGAAACCUUACAAGUGUCAACAGUGUGGAAAGAGUUUCACCUUUAAAUCAGGCCUUACCCAGCACAUAAAAAAUCACAGUGGGGAAAAGCCAAACACGUGCCAUCACUGUGACAAGAGUUUUCAAUCUACAAGUGACCUUAAGAUACACAUGAUGAUUCACACUGGAGAGAAACCUUACACUUGUCAUCUAUGUGGAAAGAGUUUCAGAACAAAACCUCACCUUAACAUACACAUGAGGAUUCACACUGGAGAGAAACCAUACGUGUGCCAUCUCUGUGGAAUGAGUUUUAUAACUGCAGGUAAACUUAAGACACAUUCAAGUAUUCACACUGGAGAGAAACCUUACAUAUGCCCUCAGUGUAAAAAGAGUUUUACAAGUAAAGGUAAUCUUAAGACACACAUGAGAAGUCACACUGGAGAAAAACCAUUCGCAUGUCAUCUGUGUGGAAAGAGUUUUACAACAAAACGUGACCUUAUUAGACACAUGAGAAUUCACACUGGAGAGAAACCGUUCACAUGUCAACAGUGUGGAAAGAGUUUUACAGUGAAACGUGAACUUAAUGCACAUGUGAGAAUUCACACCGGAGAGAAACCAUAUGUGUGUCAACAGUGUGGAAAGAGUUUCAGAACAAAACCAAACCUUAAUGCACAUUUGAUCACUCACACUGGAGAGAAACCGUUCACAUGCCAUGAGUGUAAAAAGAGUUUCAAAACAAAAGCUUACCUUAAAAAACACGCAAGAUUACACCCUCAAUAGAAACCAUUCAUGUGUCAACAGUGUGGAUAUGGCAACAAAGUUUAGAAAUCAGCUGAGGUCUUAUUAAUAAAACUGUCUGGAGGAUCCUUACUAAACGUCUACAUGCACACAAAAGCCCAAGAUGUCUGUACUUGUGUUCUUGUGGACUUGUGAAACGUCAUCAGUCCCAAGUACUGUUCCAAUUCCAAGUUCACAUCAAGUCAAGUUCACAUAACAUCUCAGGAUGUGUUCUUGAUCCACUCAUUUUAUCAAGGAUGCAUUAGGAGGUGGCUUGUGUGGACGUAUGAUAGCCGAUUUUCCCAGAAUGCAUUUCACAUCAACGGCAUUGAAGCUUAAUACCUGCAAAAUAUUUGAAAUAUUACUCUUUCUGUGUCAUAAAAUGUAGCCGUUUAGUCGAGAAUAUAGAUGAAUAAACUUCAAAUCUGUGGUAAGUUAGUAAAGAUAGUACCUAAUAUUAAAAUUUCCUCUGAUGAUUUUGGAUAUGUGAGUUCAAGGUGAUCAAAGAGAUUCAUCUCUGCAAAUCCUUCUGAAAAAUUGCUGCUGUCUAAGUGUAGCUGCUCUGCCCUUCAGUGUCUGAUCGUUAAACAUGAAAUAUUCCCUUUGGAUAUACACUAUAUUGCCCAAUGUUUUGGGACACCCCUCCAAAUAAUUGAAUCAGGUGUUCCAGUCACAUCUAGUUAAAGGAACUCUUAAUGCUUCAUCAUACGAAGACAUUUUGGACAUUUUCAUGCUCCAACUUUGUGGGAACAGUUUAGGGAUGGCUCCUUCCUGUUCCAACAUGACUGUGCACCAGUGCACAAAGCAAAGAGCGAGUGUGCAGAAACUUGACUGGCCUGCACAGAGUCCUGACCUCAACCCAGUACAACAUCUUUUGGAUGAAUUAGAGCGGAGACUACGAGCGAGCCCUUCAUCAGUGUCUUACAAAUGUGCUUUUAGAAGAAUGGUCAAAAUUUCCCAAAAAACACACUUCUAAACCUUGUAGAAAGUCUUCCAAGAAGAGUUGAAGCUGUUAUAACUGCAAAGGGUGGACAAAACUCCAAAUUAAACCAUAUAUAUUGGAUUAAGAAUAUAAAGGCAGGUGUCCCAAAACUUUUGUCAAUAUAGUGCAUCUAAGAGGCUGUUUACACUUGGCAUUAACAUGCGUUUUCAUCGAUCCGAUCACAAGUGGACGACGUUAAUGCCAGGUGUAAAUGGUGUUCAAAACGUUUUGAGCUCGUCCACUUUCGACCACUUUCAACCAAAUUCAGAUGUAGUCUAAACCCCUUUCGAUCGGAUUGGUUUUAUAGUGUAAAUACACAUGUGGUUAAAUGUGUUCGAACAGCCACACGAGAUCGCCUUCUCCCCAUCCAUUUAUCUACACAAUGUUUAAGUCUUUUCUGACUUCUGGCGUGAACACACGGUGUACAGCUCUAUUUUUAGCCUUUCAUUGAUAAAACUAAAGCGGCUGAUCUCCGUAGUUUUGUUUUGAAAGCAUGUGAAAGUUGCGCAAUCCUAUUUCAUCAAUUGCGCUGAAAUAUCAUUGAAAACUCUAACAUAUACAUGUACAAAACAAUGUGCAGCAUGUUUACCUGCUAAAUAAGCAGCGGACUCCGACAUAAUAUUAGUUCUCGUCCAUAUAAACUCAUCAUUACUCCCGCUUGCGUUUAAUGACAGCAGAGAGACUCGCCCACUGUCUCACAGACCACCCUGUCAAAGUAUUUAGGACAGAAGCGGUCAAAAGUGGACAAAAGAGACGGAUUUAAAUACCAGGUGUAAACGUGAUGUGUAUCUCUCGUCCACUUGUGAUUCGAUUGAUGAAAACACAUCUUAAUACCAAGUGAAAACAGACCCUUACUGGUAUUUGGUCUCAUCAAUUUACUUCUUUUUAUUAUUUACCUGAAGUCUGUUUUUGUUAUUAUCGUUUUAACUGAUGUUAAAGUUAAGUUUCAUAGCUUAAAUCACAUAUAUUUUCUAUAGAAUCUCAACACUGAAUCACUGCCUUUUGUACUUAAACUAGAUUUUUUUGUGUUUACUUCAUGUUGUACAAAAGUUUUGUACAUUUAAUGAAUGGUUUUAUAUCAUAUUUCAUUUUGUAAUAAAUACAUUGAAGCUAAUCAGCUGUCCGUGUACUCUUGCAUCUGUUCAUUUUUCCUUUUUAACCAUGACAAAAAAACAUAUAUAUGUUAUACAAUGUAUGUAAGUUAUUCCUAUUCAUAAUUAUUAAAAUUGCGGGCUUGGCGUUUCUCACUCAUAUUAAUGACAUGUUUUC